UAAAACAGAUUAUUUUAAAAUGUCUUUACUAGAGUCAACUGGAAGAUUGAUUGCCUCUAAACUAAAAAAUCAAACAAAAUUAAUUUUCCGUCAAUUAGCUUCAAUAGUCACCUAUGAGGAGGUUAAGGAUGUACCCAACAAACCGGAGAUAUGUCUGAUAGAUGUCCGGAGAAGGGAAGAGCUCAAGGAAACUGGAAGAAUUCCAGCCAGUAUCAACAUACCCUUGGAUGAACUGGAAGAUGCCCUUACUUUAGAAAGAUCUAAUUUUAAACUCAAAUAUGGGCGAGCCAAGCCCCAAAAGGACACCAAAAUCAUAUUUUCCUGUAGAUCGGGAAAACGUGCUCUAGAGGCUGAAAAAAUUGCCAAAGCUUUGGGAUACACUAAUCUAUCGCUUUACAGCGGAUCCUGGCUGGAUUGGGCUAAUAAUGAGGGUCUAUAA